AUGAGCGAAUAUUUUCUCAAAAUUAAUGAGCAAUAAGAAGUUUUAUCUUCAGCUGUUUCACCUUUAAAAAGUACUAGCUCCAGAAGACAUCUUCAAGUUCCUUCGAUGGACUCUUAAAGAUUGAUUUCAACAUUAAAUAAUCUAUCAGAGAUAAAUGAUAGCACAUGCUAGUAGUAAUAAUUAGAUUAAAGAUAUCUGUAGUUCAAAGAGCUAAUUGAAAGGCGAGAAGAUAAUCCAGAUCAUUAGAAGUUGUCUAUUGAUGAAUAAGAACUCAUAGCCAGUGUUUUAUAUGAUUUUCAUCAUUUUAAGAUAUUGAUACGCUCUUAAAGACGUAUAGAAUACUCUAUUAAACUGUUUAAGCAUAUUAAAAUUGGCUGGCUUGAAAGAGGUGAGUUCUUUUUUCACAAAGGCGAUACUAAUAAAACAGAUUUAAUAUGUAUUUUAAAUGGAAAAGCAUCUCUCUUUUAGAAAAAAUCAGAGGCUUUUAUUAAUCAAGAAAUGGAUCUUCUUGGCAAAAUUGUUAAUCUAAAUUAGUAAAUAACUAAAAUUGAAAAAAGUGCUGCUACCAUCAGCAAUGAUAUGUCUGAUUCUAUUCAUCAACUCAAGCAAAGGAUAGAGCAUAACGAAGAUAAAUUAAAUUUGCUGAGAAAUAAAGAUGAAGAUGAUUUACUUAAAGCAUAUAACUUUUAAAAAUAUUUUUUAACUGAAAAUGUUUGCUCUUUUAGGAGGAUUAAAUAUUUGGAACGUGGAUCUACUCUAGGAGAGGCUCAAGUUGUUAAUGGAUGUUCCUGUGAUAGUACUGCAGUUUGUGUUAGCAAAUGCUUUUACUUUUACAUAAGCAGCUAAGCGUAUAGAGAAAUAUUUGGCUUAGAAAUAUCUAAAAAUAGUUUCAUUUGCAACAUAUUAAAAUAAAAUUUUCCUGGUGCAAAGGACGACUCCUUAAGAAGAGUUUCAUAUGAUUUCAAAGAAGAAAUUUACGAAUACAACAAAGUAAUUUUCGAAGAAAAUGAUCCAGCAAAUUUAUUCAUGAUAGUAAGACAGGGAGAAGUUGAAGCUAUAAGAAGAAUUGAUGCUUCUUCGAAUACUAACUAGCUAUGUUUGGAAACUACUUCACCCUUAACUCCCGAAGCUAGAGAAGCUAAUGGAAAGCAUAGUACUAGUAAAAGCUAAGCUGUUUCUCCUCUUCAAUCACCUACUUAAUCUAAAACUUUUUAUAAUUUUCCAAAUAAUUAAAAGCAACAAUAAUAACCACAAAUAUAGUAAAAUUUGUUAAAAAAGUUCAAAGGUAAAAACUAGUACAAGGAAAUAAGCAUUGGGAUUUUGGGAGAAGGACAAAUUUUAGGAAUUGAAGAUGCUUAUAAUAAUAGAAAAACAAGAUCAUUUAAAGCAGUAUCAAAAUCAAAUGAGACAAUAAUAUAUUACAUUAAUAAAAAGAUGCUAGAUGAUGUCAUUCUUCUUAAUGAUGAUUACAAAUUAAAGAAAGGAAUUAAAAGCUAAAGCAAAAAUAAAAGUGAAUACUACAACUCUCGUACUGAUAAUCUAAUCAUCUUUGAGCAGGCAAACCUUAAGCAAAAGGAAAAUUUUAUUUUAUAGGAAAAUAUGAAAAAAUAAUAUUUCCCAGAAUCUAAAAAUUUUAAAUAUUUAAUCCAAGGCUGGAUAAAAUAAAAGGAAUAGGAAGAGUCAAAGGUUGAGAACUCCUCUAAGCUUAAAAUAGGUGUCCCUACUUUAAAUCAAAUUUAAUCAUACAAUCUGCUUGAUGACGAUACAACUUAGCCUACUGAGUAAAAUUUGCUAGAAACACAAUAAUCACCUAUCAAGAUAUAGAGAAGAUCUCUUUUAAAAAGUUUAACAUGCAUUCAAACAGGAUUUAACAAUAUUUAAGACUCAAACGCCUAAGAAACCCAAAAUUUAAAAUAGCAAACUCCUCUUGAAUCUCCUCAUAGGAAGAAAAGACACUAUUAAAAAGACAGUGAAAGCGUUUCUCCAAGAAAAAUUGCAUUGGUCUAAACAAUAAGCAUGCCAAAACUAGACGAUUUUCAUUUUAAAAGUGACAUUGAUAUAAUCAAUGAAUAAAUCGAAAUUAAAGAAUAGUGCAUUUAGUUUUAUCAAUAAUAAAAAGAUAAAUACUAAGCAAACUAUAAUAAUAAUGCAAAUAAUCAUAAUCUUUUAUCAUCACAAUCUAAUUUAUUUUAAUAAAUGAAUAAAAAUUAAUACCCAUCCCAUGAAUAAUUGUAAUUUGAAGAAACAAAAAAAAAGAUUCUUUUCCAAAAAAAUUUUUAGAAUGAAAACAAAAAAAAUUAUAGACUUAAGUCAGAGAAUUCUCUCAUCAAUAGUAUACUAAAGAAAACAACUUCACUAAAGCUAGAUAUUCCAUAACUAAAGUUUAAGAAAAACUCUUAGAAGGCCUCAAUUCAUGAAGCGAAUGAUGAUAGGUCUUAAAAUUCAGAUACAGCAUCACCUACUAUCCAUUAAGUUUUCUCUAAAAAAAACAGCAUUAAAAGUUUAUAUAAAAGAGGAAGUGAUAUAAUAUCAUCACCAUAACUUGAUAGUAAUAAAUUUGAUAGAAAAUCAGAGAUUGUUAAUUUUACACAAAACAACUUCCAUAUUUAAAAAUAAAUACCGCACUUAAAUAACAAUUAAUAACAGUCUAAUAACUUCAAACAUUGUAAAAGUUAAUCAAGCUUUUCUUAAUUCUCAUUAGAUCAAAAUCAUAAUAAUUAAAAUGACAUUAAUACCUUAGACGGUGAAAGUCAGCAGCAGCAGCAGACUUAAAUAUUAAAUUAGCUUGCAAAAUCUUAAAUUGCAAAUGUGUUGCUAAAUUAAUAAAACUCUUAAAUAUAAUCUAAGUUGCAAUAAAUUAACGAAUAAUAAAAACCUUAAUUUGAAUAUUUCAAAAAUAGUCCUAGAUAAACAAGCUUAGAUAUAAAAACACAUAUUUCUACAGGAUAAGGAGGUUAUUUACACAGCCCUUAAAAUUCAAUCUUUUUUGCAAACUCACACAGGAUACUCUAAAAUCAACCUCAUUCUUAAAAUCAAUCAUAGAACAAAUCAAUUUAAUAAGUUAAUUCUGAGAGAUAAAUAAAUAUUCCAAAUUAAUAAGAAUUAAAUACUAAUUAUUUUAUUGAAAAUGACAUAAAUACUCCUUCAACAUUUACUAAUACACCUUCUCAAUUGCCUAUGGUAGCUCAUAGGCAACUAAGUUAAAGAGAACCACUUUUAAAUAACAAUUAAAAUGAAAAUAUUGCUAAAUAAUCAAACAUAAAUAAUUAUAAUAACACAAUAUCACCCAAUCAGUCUGAAUUACCUAUUAUUAAAAAUUAAAAUAACCCUAAAUUUACAAAUUAACAUAAAAAUAAUUUGCCAAAUACAUAAUAGUAGUAGGUAGUUAUCUAGAAAUAAGGGCUGUAAAGUGAAGGAUUUGCAGAUAUAGUAAAAAGAAUAGGACUUAACCCAUAAAUCAUAGAGUAAUCGAAAUUUUAAAUCCUUAAAAAUGUAUUUAAAAUUUAAAAAAAGUAAACAGUACCAAAUAUUAGUACACCUUAAGGUGCUUAAAAAAGAACUUUAAGUAACCAUCCUCUAUUUCAAAGAUAAUCAAGAAAAAAUGUUAGUCUCGCAAGCUCUCCUAGAAAAAAUAAUUUAGGAUCUAAUCCUCAAUCAAAUUAAUCUCCUGUAAAACCUUCUCAAUAAUAGUAGUUUUUAGCAAACUUUAGAAAUGAAUCUCCUUUGAAAAUAGGCAAAAUAAAUUACUCAGUAAAAUGA